AUGUCUAGUAAUAGUAAUAGUAAUAUAUCCAAAGAUAUUUCCCAUAAUAAUGCUAGCGAGGGUGAAAUAAGUGAAAGCGAAGAUGAAAUCAGUGAAAAUAGUACAAAUAUAAGCAACGUACAAAAAGAGAAAAGAAAAAGACUCAAAGAAAUGGACACAUACCACAAAGAACUGGUUCGAUCAUUGGACACAUUAACUGAACAGAUGAAAAAAAUGGAGGCGGAAAAUAAGCGCCUAAUGAAUCAAAUCCAUCAGAUGCAAGAGGAAAACAAGUUCCAAAUGGCCAAACUAGAAGAGAAAAUAACCGGCAAAGAUCAAGAAAUACAGAAACUAACUCAAAAGCUACUUGAGACGAUAGACAAAAAUGCGAAAAAAGAAAAGCAGAAGCAAGCAACGGUAGAAGAACCAACAAAUAUACAUGAAAAGGAAAGACGUAAAACUUCUGCUAAUAGUCCAAAUAAAGAAAACUUGAUUGAAAUAGAAAACAACAAUGCUGAAUGGACAGCCCAGCACCAACAGAAGAAAAAACAAAAAUGGUAA